AUGCCCACAGCGACCUCGGGCAAAGUCCUCGUUACUGGUGCCAAUGGCUUCAUCGCCCUGUGGGUCGUACGCACGCUCCUCGAACAAGGCUACGCCGUGCGAGGGACUGUGCGUUCUGAAGGCAAAGCAAGACACCUGAAGGAGGUGUUCGCUUCCUACGGCGACAAGCUCGAGGUUGUCAUCGUCGAGGACAUUACAAAGGCGGGUGCAUUCGACGAGGCAGUCAAGGGCGUCGAUGCCAUCGAGCACACUGCGUCCCCAUUCCACUUCAAGGCAGACGACCCGGACGAACUCAUAGUCCCCGCCGUUCACGGCACGACGCGCGUGCUUGAGUCUGCGCUCGCAUACGGUACCGCGGUCAAGCGCAUCGUCGUCACCUCCUCCUGCGCCUCCGUGAUGGAGGCCCAGGAGGCUCCGCGCGUCUUCUCCGAGGUAGACUGGAACAACGCUGCUAUUGCGGAGGUGCGAGAGAAGGGCCGUGCAGCCACGCAGCCAGCGAAAUAUCGCGCGAGCAAGACUCUCGCGGAGAAGGCCGCGUGGGAGUUCGUCGAGAAGAAUAAGGACAAGCUCACCUGGGACCUCGUGGUGCUCAACCCACCCUAUGUCUUUGGGCCCACGAUCCACGAGGUGAGCGCUGCGGAGGCGCUGAACGAGAGCAUGCACGACUGGUUCUACAGCAUAUUCAAGGGAUCCAAAAAUGCAAAGCAGCUAUCGACCAUCGGAUCGUCCUGGGUCGAUGUGCGGGAUCUGGCAGAGGCACAUGUUCUCGCCAUCAAACGACCAGAGGCUGGCGGAGAGCGUAUUAUCGUCUCCGAAGGCCCUUGGAAGUGGCAGGACUGGGUCAACGUUGCACGCGAGCUUGGUGCCGACAUUCCUGCCGGUGAUGAGUCCUACGACCCGGCCAAGACGACGCAUUACAUUGUUUUCGACACGACCAAGGCCGGAAAGCUGCUUGACCUUAAAGACCACGGGAAAGGAGGAAGACGCAAAUUCGCCGAGAAGAACAAGGACAAGCUCGCCUGGGACCUCGUGGUGCUCAAUCCACCCUAUGUCUUUGGGCCUACGAUCCACGAGGUGGGCGCUGCGGAGGCGCUGAACGAGAGUAUGCACGACUGGUUCCACAGCAUAUUCAAGGGAUCCAAAAAUGCAAAGCAGCUAUCGACCAUCGGAUCGUCCUGGGUCGAUGUGCGGGAUCUGGCAGAGGCACAUGUUCUCGCCAUCAAACGACCAGAGGCUGGCGGAGAGCGUAUCAUCGUCUCCGAAGGCCCUUGGAAGUGGCAGGACUGGGUCAACGUCGCACGCGAGCUUGGUGCUGACAUUCCUGCCGGUGAUGAGUCCUACGACCCGGCCAAGACAACGCAUUACAUUGUUUAUGACACGACCAAGGCCGGAAAGCUGCUUGAUCUCAAGUACAGGUCUAUCAAGGAGUGUCUCGCUGAUACUAUGCAGGACCUGAAGGCAAGGGGCUGGAUCUGA